AUGAGCAACCUAUACGAUGCUGGUUGCAGGACACUGUUGGCGCAUGGAACGAAGACUACUUCUGACCCCACGUUCCGGGAAUGUUUGGUACUGACCAGAAUCACCAGCUCUGCUGGCUUGUUGACCUCGAUUCUCGUGAUCUUGUUUGUCAUCAUGCACCGUUAUGUGUUUACGGUCUAUUACCUGACUAGAGUAUACGGGAAGAGCUAUGCGCUCCUGGAGCCCCGUCAACAGAGCCGACUCCGCUGUCAUCAUUUGGACCUGUUCGCAAAGGUGAUCUCGUUGGCUUUCAUCGCCCAACCGGUCUUCAUGGUGCUCUGGCGAGGACGCUCCUGGUCUGAUUUUUUCUCUACGAAAUCCGACUUUACUUUUGGUGAUUCGGCAUCUGUUGGCACUGCUACGAUUGCCGCCGCCUUCCUCUUCGAGAUAGCUUCAUCGGAAACGCUCGGCCUGUUACCCUUUGUCCAUCAUGUCGGAUCUAUUUUAACCAUACAAGGGUAUUAUUGGUGGUCGGUCGCCCAACCUAUCGAUAUGGACGCGGGUGUAGGCAAAGCCAAAACCAUGGCUAAUAUCUGUUUAUUGUGGGCCUUUUUCGCCUGUAUCUUUGGUUCUAUCAAGUCUGUUGGUAAUAUAAUGCGACGAUGCUUUGUGUUGAAACGUGUGACCCUUCGUCAGCUCUGCCUCGGUGUCUUCUGCAUCGACCUGAUCGUGGCUGCCUUGGAAGCUUUUUCGGUACUAUAUGCAGUGCUGGGCGGGUGGAGUGAAAUACCAAGUGGUGGGCAAUGGGUCAUACUCUUCCUACAAACAGGAUUUUCGGUGAGCAAGUGGGAACAUAUACGCCCGUUCUAUGCCAUUUACAGGCGAGGAAGAUCAUAG